CCGCUGCGCGUGGAUGCCAUGGAUUGCCACAGCGGGACUAGUGUGUGAUCAUCAACCACUUUUAAACCCGUUGAUCUCGUCCUGAUCCAGCGCCUAUCCAGCCCUGAUCACUUCGACUUCAAGAGGGGUACAAGAGGAAAGGAAAACUGAUACCAGUUAUCUCGCCUGCCGAGUCAAUUAUCGUCCCUUUGGGCCUCCAGUCUAGCCACCAUCACUGCUCAACGAGGGCACGCGAUCGUUCGCCCCUGUUAGAUCAUCACCAUGGCCGAACGCAUUUUGAUGAACGAAUAUAAGACACUAUCGCAAGAGCCCUGGGUAAAUAUCGAUGUUGACGAGCAGAAUCUCCUACACUGGACGAUCGGGUUAAUCGUUCUAAACCCGGAUUCUUUAUACUAUGGCGGCUACUUCAAAGCGAUCAUGAAAUUCCCGAGUAACUACCCUUACUCCCCACCAGAAUUUCGUUUUGUCCGCCCCCUCUACCACCCGAACAUCUACAAAGACGGCAAGCUCUGCAUAUCCAUUCUCCACGCCCCAGGCGAGGAUGAAAUGUCCGGCGAAUUAGCCUCAGAGCGAUGGUCACCAGCCCAACGAGUCGAAUCCGUGCUCAUCUCCAUCCUCUCCCUCCUCGACGACGCCGAGAUCUCCUCCCCCGCCAACGUCGACGCCUCCGUCAUGCUACGCAAGAGCCCCGACGAAUACAAAUCGAUCGUGAAAAAACACGUGGAGGAGUCGAAGAACGACAUUCCCGAGGGAUUUGUCAUGCCCACCCACGAAUCCACCAUAUCAGUCUCUAAACCCGUGGAGAAGGACGACUCCGACUUCUGGGCUGAGAGCGAUGUGGACGACGACGUCUUCGGCGGUAGCGACUCCGACGAGGACCUUGAUGUUUAUGACGACGACGAAGAUCAGGAUUCCGGCAGUGACGAGGAGGAAGAAGAAGACGAACACAAGGCUACUUGAUUUAUUCAACCUAUCAAGUAUAAAACCAAAGCUGUCGCCACCUCUCUCUUACUACCUAUAUAUUUGGCGCUUGGAGUUACUACUACUUACUACUUACAUAGUUUCCCCCCUUUUUUUUAUAUUUCAUCGUGGCAUAGCGCAGGCGCGGCAUUA